AAGCCAGUGGCGGUAACCACAAUUGAAUAUAAUAACUAAACAUAGUUAAGAAUAGAUUUACUACCCACCCACCUACACAACCUUUACUCUUUUAAGACCACCACAGUACAAUUAGUUAUCUUUCUUCUUCUUCAAAUUUGAUACUUCUUGCACCUUCCUAAAAUUUGCAACUCAUCAAUAAGCUAAGAGAGGUUAUUACUUAUUAAUCAUGCCAGGCCCUGGUCCUCAUCUGAUGUAUGCAAUGGCCUCUGGCUUGGGUCUAACCACUGUCACUAAUGGCAGGUUUAGCCCACACCACACACUUACAUACACCAUUAAUUCUUUCUUUGGACCUGAUAUUGGUUCUUUUUCUGAAUGGCUUGGUUCUCUUCUUGGUGGUCCAGCUGAUACUGUAGGAUCUACCAUAGCUGAUCUCAUUCACCAUCCUUUUUACUAUAUCCUUAUCUUGGGAAUUCCUCUUAGUUUUAUUUACUCUAGGAUUUCAUUUUUUCUUCUUCAUAAUCACAUCCUUGAUUCUUCUCUCUCCAAGGUGCCCCUUACUAAGAUGCAGUGUUUUUACCUGAUAUCUGCUGGAUCUUUUACUCACUUCUAUCUAGAUCAUCUCUUUGAGGAGAAUGGGAAAACAACCAUGUACACUUGGAUUUUAAGCACUGGCUGGUGGCAAAGUAGAGCACCGGUUAAUCCGGAUGCUGUUGUUGUAGUGAUCAUAUUAUGCACUUGCUUAAUUGGUGGAUUUUUGUACUUCAACAGAGCAAGUUCCUCAAACUCAAUAAAGAAAAAAUCAUAUCAGUCAAUGCUACUUAUGAUAUUUAUAGCUUCUUUAUACUGCUUAUGGUGUACAAUCCAAAUAUACUGGAUCACUCCGCGCCGUCCAGCAGUUGGAGAAGAAGCUGAUCUUGGUGUUCUUGUGUUUUUAGCUGUAUAUUUCUUUCUACCUUAUGGUUUGUGUAUAAUGUCCAUGUACCCAAAAGAUCUUGAUUCUAAUCAAAUUCCACUUUAACGUAGAGAUUUUUCUGAUUUUGCCAAUGCAAUGUAGGUUACACGGUCUAGAAUCUUGCUCCCAGCAUAUGAGAUGUUAAUUAAACAUAAUUAUUUUUGUAGAAUUGGACCUGAACUCUUCCAUACAUGUAGAAAUGUUCCAUGUUAUCUGUAAUUUGAAGAAAAGAUAGUGAAUACAGAAGUUUGACAUUUGAUUUGUAUCAUAAUGUACUUGUAAGUUGUUCGAAAUAUAAAGCAUAUUGUAGCUGCUAA